GCGCCAGCAGCGGCCAGCGCCGGGGAGCGGGGCGCGGGCGGGGACGGCGGGCGGCCCCGAGCGGCCUCCGAUGAGACGCGGCGGGAAGAGGCGGCGGCGCCGGCCGCGGGCCGCCUGGGGCGGCGGCGACGGAGCGGAAGGAGGGGCCGGGCUGGAGGCGCUGGAGGAGAAGGUGGUGUACUCGCGGUCGCAACUGUCGCUGGCCGGCAGCACCGAGGCGCUGGGCGACGCCUUCAAGCUCUUCAUGCCCAGCAGCACGGAGUUCAUGAGCUCGGAAGCGGAGCUCUGGAGCUUCCUCUGCAGCCUCAAGCACCAGUUCUCCCCGCACAUCCUGCGCAGCAAGGACGUCUAUGGCUACUCCUCGUGCCGGGCGCUGGUGCCCGACCCCCCGGCGCCCGCCAGCCGGCCCGCCCGGCGCCCGCGCCCGCGCCCGCGCGCCGCGCCCAGGAGGAGGCGCCGUGGAGCUCCGGCCGCCGCGGACACCCUCAGGCCGCGCCCCGCCGCUGUCGAGCCGGAGCCGCCCGUGUCCUGCUUUGGGGGCCGCACCCUGGAGGAGAUCUGGAGGGCCGCCACCCCGACGCUGACCAGCUUCCCGACCAUCCGCGUCGGAGACGACGUGUGGGGCGAGCGCAGCCUGGCGGUGGCGCGGCGCAGGGCGCGCCAAGUGCUCCGAGUGGACCUGGACCCGGUGGUGAGGCUGCGCCGCUUCCCGGUGCCCCGGGCGUGACGCGCGCCGCGGCGCCUCCUGCCGGCCGCCGCCCGAGCUAGCGUCUGCGCUGGAACGGACUAAUGUCAGUCGAAUGUUUACAGAACCGGCCCCCUUUGGUGCACUUUAUGCGCGAACAAGGCCCCCGACGCGCUCCGGCGCCGCGGUCCGCCAGCGGGACAGGUGCGGCCCCAGACGGUUGCUUCCCAACCCGGAUGGAGACGUCUCCAGAACUGGAGGGACACCUGCGUUUUCUCCCUCUCGGACUCUACCUCACCGGUCUGGAAGUCCUCUGAAGACUUAAAAAAUUUUUUUUUCUCCAAAGGAAUUUGUUUUCGUGCUUACGUAAUAAAGCCAGAAUUUUACUUGCUCUUUAUCCCCUUUCCUGUUUUUCUUUUUGACUGUCAGCCCCACUUUCUGGACGGAAGAUUGACUGUGUUCGUGGUGUAGUGCUGGUGUAAGCUCAGGGUAUUCUGAAGCCCACUCGUUUCCUAAUUUUUACUGGAUUCCAAAGCUUUGAUCAAGGUUGUCUUUCAAGAGGUUCAAGUUUAUGACUGUUAAUGUGAGGAUUUGUAUGGCUUUGAAUUUCACGAGCUCAGUGAUUACCAAGAGAUGCAAAGUACAACUGUUUAAAAAAAUGUUAAGGUGUUUAUAUAUAAAGUUUUAUAUUGAAGUUUCGUAUUUAUAUUUACUGAGCUCCUAAAGAAAAUGGUAUUCUUUAAAAGUUUUGUUUAGGAAAAGUUGUUCUUUUUAAUUGAAUAAAAUUGAAGUGUUUUGGAACCAAGUGGCUUGUGAUUAAAAAGUGAAUCAAUUUUGAAGAAUAUGUUGGCUACAAGAAUAACUGGGAUCCAGUUGGAGGUGAUUUGGCCUCAUGUCCUGGUCUAACCUAAAAUCCAGGACUGUUAAUGGGAAAAGAAUUAAGAUGGAAGUUGCUUAGGAGAGAUCAGUGCAUGUAGACAUUGUGAAUAAACAGAUAAACAGAAUACUCAUUAGAAUUCCCGCAACUGUGAAUGAUCUAUAGGGGCAGGGGCAUUUCUUGGUACCACAUAACUGGUUGAAGUUGUUUUGGGGGAAAAAUAGAUCUCUUUAUUUUUUUGUUGUUGGAUAACAAGAAAUGCCUAAACUAAUACUAUUGUCUUUUUGAAAAUCAUGACAAUUGGUUGACUUUUUGUCUAUGAAAUUUCUUUUUCUAUUCUUUCUAUUCAUAAUUGUGUUUGCAAUUUUUGAUAGCUAAAGGUCACAGGAAUCAAAAAAUUGAGCCACACUGUACUGACCCUUCUUGUACACUUUUAUAAUAAUAGCAUGUACACCACAUGGCCCAGUGUGGAGUUCUGGAUUAUCCAAGUGCCUUUGGUCAUUGGUGGCAGCAAGACUUGGUGGUUUUUUAGCCAGUGGUGCCACAGCCAGCUUUUUCUGCAAUACCUAAAGGGUCAAAUAGUGUUUUUCUACCACUUUUAUUUACAAUUUAAGUGUUCUGCCAUGGGACAUCCACACUGGGCUGGGGCUUGUUAAGCCAUCAAUGCUAAAGUUUAUCUCUGCUUGGCAAGUUUCUUAGAAUAAUGAGAGCUGCAGUUUGACUCUUGUGUUCCUAGAAUUCAAUGGCAUAGCUUUCUGAAUUAUCUAUUAAGUUUAAUAGUUCAUGAAAGGAGUAUUUUGACUUUAAUUUUAGUGUUUGUUUUGUAAAAUAUAUAUAUACACAUAUACAUACACAUAUGACUUUAUGCCAGGUUCCCCACAAGCCUCAAUCUUUUAUUCACUGCUCAAUGACAAUACAUUGUUAUAAACACUGAGUACAUAAAAAGUGAAUAAUUACCAGAGGGAGAGUGUUGUGUUGUGUCAUGGGAAGCUGAGACAGUCUUCGUUAUUAGCUUCCAUUGCCAAAUGUAUUUCAGAUACAUAGGAUUUUCUUCCCCAAAGUAUAUUGUUAACUUUUAUAGCUAACUAGCACCUGAAGAAAAUGCAUUUGUACCACUUCACUUGUAUAUAGUUUUAUAACAAGAAAUAAGUCCAAUGGCCAUAUUAGAAUGUAAUUUCAACAUGGAAUUUAUCUAGAUGCUUCCCAGAGGAUUUUGAAACUAGAUGUGGUUGAGAGGAGAUUUUUUUCUCAGCAAACAAUGGACAUGUAACCAGUGACACCAUGCAUUUAUUUUUACUGAAGUUUUUGACAUUCGUUUCUCUUACGCUUUGGUUCUUUAGUGCGGUUGACCUAUGCAUAAAUGUUUAUUUGGCUUAUUCAUCUGACUGAUUAAAGUUUAGAUCCGGUUGCCCAUCCUGAGUUUGAUAUAGUUAAAAAAUACAACCUUUAUUUUGCCAAAUUUUCUGCAGCAAAACCUGUGUUGCAAUACGAAGACACAUCUGAUGUAACUGGGGAGUCUGUUGUAAGGAAAUGAGGGUAUUUUCUGGGUACCUUUAGGGGGCUGUGGAAGAAACUUGGCCCUGUGGCCUUUAAGGUGGAGCCUGGAUUUUGACCUCGAAAGACUCUAGCUUGGCUUUUAAAGACAUCCCAUUUGUUCUGCUCUCCCUCAUAUCUCACGUGGCCCAAGACAAGAGGUCAGCUGGGAGGAAAUGUAUCUCUCCUUGCUAUGAGUUCCUACUUGUAGGACUGGCACCUCAAGGUCACUUUGUCAUUUACAUCCUCCUCCCUGUAACCCAGCAACUUCCACUUUGCCAAGGGCAAGCUUCAUUGUUGGUAGUGCAGAGUGCUGCUGUGGUGGUGCCUAUUUAUUUUGUCUGUCCCAGUACUCUGUGAUCAAGUGUAACUGAAGCUGGUAGCUCAUACCUGUUGAUUUGCCAUGUGUACAUAAUACUAUUUUAAAAAAAUUUUAAAAAAUAUUUGAAUAGAAAAAAAUCACAAUUUUGGACUUAGAGGUUUUUUGUUGUUUAAGGGUUGCUAUGGCAUUCUUUAAAUCAGUGAUUUUUAAUGAACAUACAUACAUAACAUUUCCUUUAUUGGUGUGUUCAGAUUUUUUUUGAUAAACUGUUAUGUCUUAAGUGCAUUAGGAAGCAAUUGUUUGUAUUGGAACUGAAGUGUUUCCUUAACAGUUUAAUGUGCAUAUGAAUGAGAUUUACAAUUUGGUUGUGUGUUGCUUUUUAACUUAUUAACUGUAAAUAAAUUUUAGAGCAUAUAGUG